AGCAUUAAACAUUUUGAUAUGAAAAUAUUUAAAUAAGGAUUAUGGAGCGAACAAUUAAAAAAACAGGAGGACAAGUGGAUAAUUUGGUGUUUGCAAUUGUUGAUGCAGCUUUUGAUAAAAAAGUUGAAGUCCGAGAUGACAUGAUAUCUGCUCUGCAUACAUUGGGAAAGCAACAAGCAGAGCUAGUCUUAAGUACCUGCGUCCAUUAUUUGAAUAAGCAUCAAAAACUUGUUCAAGGACACAGAGUUCUGAUUCUAGAUGUCAUGACCAAAGUGAUUAAAGAUGCAGGAGUUAAUGUUUCGUUAGAAUUAGCUAAAGAAUUGAUAGUGCUAGCAACCAAUGAGUUAACUAAAUCAAAGGAUAUAAUUCCUGAGUGGCAGUUGGCUGCUUCAAAUGUUUUAGUGGCAUUAGGUGUAAAUUUUUGUCAAGAAGUAAUGAUUGAAAUGCUUCAAAAAGUUACUCCAGGACAGCUGCCACACUACUUUGUUAUAUUAACUCUUGCAAAUUUAGCUAAGGAAAAUGUGUUUGGUGUUGUUCCGUUUUUAAAAGAUAUAUUUAGCAGAAUGUUAUCAAUGUUGGGAACUGUUAAAGCAGAUAACAUGAGAUGGGUCUUAGCUAAAUGUAUUGGAUCAUUUAGUGAAGCUAUUAUAGAGUACUGUGCCAACAUUGAAAAUGCUCCGUAUCCUGAUAUUGCAAAAGAUCGUUUUUAUGGAGAAAUAUUCACUGCAUUUGAAAUAAUGUUUAGUGUUUGGUUGGGUUCCUCAAGGGAGGGAAGAGUAAGACUAGCAGUCAUAGAAGCUUUUGGGUAUAUGUGUCACUUAAUGACUAAAGAAAAGCUAGAAGAAUAUAUCCAAAGGUUAUUGCAUGGGAUAACUGGUCUCUAUAGAAGACAUUCAGAACAUCAUAUUUUGACUCAGUCUCUUUGUUUGAUUUUAAAUGCUGCAAGUUGUGAUAGAUCUCUAAUGCUUUUACCAUUACUCGACCUGAUAAUGAAUGGACUUCAUGCACAGGCAUGCUCAGAAACAGAUCUUUCAAAUCCUUUAGGCAUGAAAAACAAGAAUGAAGUGUUGCGUUGUUUUCAAGUUCUCACACAAAACUUUCCUGAUCGUGUUGUUGGAUUCCUUCAGUUGAAGUUAGAAAAUGUGAAUGAUAAAUCAAGAGCAGCUACUUUAGCAAUUAUAAAACAUAUUAUAAACUCUUCAGAUGAAUAUCUGGAAUCAAAGAGAGAGCUUUUGUUAAGCACAGUUAAAGUUGUUCUCUAUGAUCAUAAUUUAAAAGUUUGUAAGUCAUUUUCACAAUGUAUUAUUGCUAUGGCUCAUCAUCGAUAUCUAUUGUUGGAGGGUGGACAAAGUCUUGUUGAAUUUAUUAUUAGAAUGUGUUCACUCAAAGAAGAAGAUAAAAUUUUUAAAAGAAUUGUUGAAAGUGAAGAUGCCACUUGGUCAUCGAUCAAAUUAAUGAAUGAAAAUAUUCUUCAAUUAAUGGCUACUACAAUAGAAAAUAUGGAAGAUAUUCUUUGGCCAUACUUGGUUGAGUUUGUUUUACCUGUUAACUAUACUGAAGCUAUAAUGGCAUUAUGUCGUGCUUUAACAUUUUUGGCUAACAGAAAGCAGGAAAAUAAGGACAGCAAGUUUUCAAUUCAACCCUCAAACAAUACUAGUAUUCCAAAACCUCAAGCUCUGCUAGCAAGACUUAUAGUAUUGACAGGUCAUCCUCUUAAAGGAAAUGGUCGUGGUCUUCACAUUCUUUCCUUUUUAAAAGCGUAUUCAUUAAACAUUAGUCCAGAAAUUGUUCAAAUGUGGGAUGUUGUCAUUCCUAAGCUCACAUUAUAUCUUGAAGAAAAUUCAUGUGAUGUUGAUAAUUGGAAUCAAAAAGCUUGGGAAGACUUGAUAUUAAAGUUAUUAGCAAAAACAUUAAGUGAAAUCAAUUCUGAAGAUUGGUAUUUGACAUUAGGUCAAGAAAUGGGGACACAAAUUUCACUCUACAAUGGUUUUCCUGACGACAAGAACUUCUUGUAUAAGUGCCUAGGUGUAAUUCUUAGAAAAAUUGGUACUACAGAAUUUAUUAGAGAGCAUCUAAAUAUAAUUUUCUCCACAGUUGACCAUAAUAACCAAAUUGAGAGAGAAGGAUGUGCUGUUGGUGUUGGGUUUUGUGCUGCUUCACAUCUUGAUCAGUGUCUAAUGAAACUUGAAGAAAUUACGAAAACGCAAAUGGUUCGGAAGGCAUCUGGUUUUAUGGGUUUGAUUAAGGAUAAAUCUGAGGCAGAAGUAGAAAAAGUUAAGAGCACAGUUAUGUUGUGUUAUGGAUAUGUUGUUUUUUAUGGGCCUUCUGGAUUGGUUUCUGCUCGUCUUGAAUCUAAUAUUUUGAGAGUUAUCAAUCCUCACUUUGCUUCAACAAAAGAUUCAGUUGCAAAACAGAAUUUGAUAAAAGCUGUUGAGCUUAUUGGAAAAGCUGUUCAACCAAGUCAUAUGCAACAAGAUGGUUUUGUGUUUACACGAAGGGGUGAUUUAUUAAAACAUAUGCAGGCGUUCUUAAAAUCGGAACCUCAAAAUGCAUCUACUGAAUGUCGGUCAAUGGCAAUCGAUGCAAUAACUAAUUUAGUAAAGCUUGAACCUCCUCUGUCUGAAGCUGAUUUACUAAAUAUUAUUAAUGUUUGUGCUAGUAAUGUUUAUCCUGUAGUUCCCAAAAGUCCAGAAAACCAGAAAAGUAGAGAUAACAGUUUAUCUGAGAAUGAUGGAGACAUAAACACUAAAAAUGCUGUUCAAAGUAUGAACACCCUAAUGUGCGAAGUUUCUUCACGAGAUAGUUCUCCGGGAACAUUGCAAAAUAUGAUAAAGAUUUUAGAGCCAUACACAACAUCGGUGCACAACCAUGAGCGUGAACAAGUGAUGCAGACAGUCAGAGACAUUCUAUCAAACUUUCUUGCUAUUACAAACUUUCAGAGUGGGGUGCACUUUAGCACACUUGGUAACAUAUUAGGACGUUUAUUACCUCGUUGUACUGAUCCUGUGGUUUCAGUUCGUCAAAAUAGUGUUGAAUGUGUCCAAAUACUUUUAACAAUUAAUGAUAGAUAUGAAGGUGUACCAGCAAAUGUAAAUGAUGAACGAAUUGAAGCGUUAACUCAAUUAAGAGAAAAUCUUCUCCACAAUGAACCAGCACUUCUUUUUACUGUUGUCAAUGAACUUUCAAUAGUUAUAAGCAAGAAGGUACCCGAUGAACAAGUUAAAACUUUGGUAUUCUCUCUAAUAGAAGGCCUUCGUGACGUGCACAGUCAGAGUUCAAGUGGAGCUUGUGCAAUUUUAAAUUGUUUAAUUAAAUUCAGAGGAAGUGAAAUGAACAAAGAGGUUCCAGCAGUUAUUCAAGCAAUUGUUAGUAACUUAUCUAUGGUCAGUUUUGCGCAAACUACUACUGGUUCUUUGGUUGCCAUGAGAACAUUAGCUUCACACCACCUUAUUCAAGUUUUACAAACAUUUUUAGAAUUUCCAGUGCCAUUUAAUAAUAUUUUAUGUGAUUUUUGGAAAACAUUGGCACGUGAUAAAGAAUUAGCUAGUGAUACAUUUGAGCAUCUUCUAGAUAUAUUACUUCAUUCAUUACCUUACACAGAACAUGAAGAUCCUUGUGAUGAAUCAAAAACAAUUCGUAUUGCAGCUCAUCUUCCUAUUGCUAUAUCAUCAGCGCUUACAGAAAUUUUUAAAGUUCCAGAAACAGAAAAAUUAGUUACUGACAUGUUUCCAAAGUUGUUGUCAGCCAUAUUAAUAAGGUUAGGAUCGACUGUGGAUGUCUUAUCUGAUUUAAAAGGACAGAAGAAAAAAAAUUUGCCUUCUCCAAUGAGUUGUUCAAUAGAAUGCUUAAAAGAAUUUAUUGAACGAAGUAAAUGUGUUUUAUUAAAACAGCACAUGGAUGAGCAAAAUGCAUGGGAGAAGUUUGAAAAUGUAGAAACAUUUACAGACGGAAUUCAAGUUGUUGCAAUUGGAAUUUGCAAGUACCAUUCAUCUUGUGUAAAUGACUUAGUUUCUGCGUUGCUACCGUCUCUUUCAAGUUUGUAUGAUUACCAAAGAGUUGUUCCCGCUGCUAUUUUUUCUGAGUUGAUUAAUGAAAGUUGUUGCGGGGAUAUGCAGUUAGUUGAACUUCUAAUGAAUAGUUUACUAUCUAAACUUGUUGAUCCAUCACAUGUUGUGAGAAAGCUAUGCAUACGUGGUUUAGGUAAUGUAGCAAGUGUUGGUGGACAGAAAUUGCAAACCUACUCCACAACUAUACUCUCUGCAAUGAUGGCUGGUAUGGAUGACAAAGAAGAUCCUCAAAUGAGUAUUACAUUAGAAGCAAUGUCUGGGCUAUCGAAGAUUCUUUCUCUUCUUGAUGAAUCUUCUGUGCGACAAAUUUUAAUAAACAUUUGCUUAAGAAUAAGACCGUGCUUUGAAAAAGAGAUUAGCGCAGUUAGAGCAGCAGCAAUAUCAUUGUUUGGAAAUUUAGCUCGUUUUGGCAAAGGUCCGUCAGAGAGUGCAUUUCUUGAACAGAUCCACACAAAUUUUAUCAGUUUACUUCUUCAUUUGCAUGAAGAGGAUGAAGUUACUAAAGCAAGCAAAGCAGCCUUGCGUAAAAUUGGAGCGAAAUUAAAUUCAGUUUCAAUUAAUGAAAUGUUUCAAAAACACCUUAUUGAAGAUGGUAACCUUCACUAUGGCGAGUUUAUUAAUGACUUAUCACGACUCAUUAUUGCUGACCAUGUUGAUAAAAUGAACUUUUAUGUAAUGGGUUGUGUUAGUUUUUUUAAAAGCAACUGGCCAGAGAUUCGAGCUAAUGCUGCACUUUUUAUAGGCUUCUUGUUAGGGAAUCUAAAGAAAAAUCAAAGAGAAACAAUCUCCAUAGAACAUAUAUGUAGUGCAUUAGUAGUACUUAUAAAAGAUCCAUCUCCGUUGGUUCGAUCUCGCGCUGCUGAAGCAAUUAGUUUACUCUACGAUUAUUGAAAUCCUAUAAAAAAUAUACUACAAAAAUAAUGCAAAACAAUUUUGCAAUUACUAAAUGCAUAAACACAAGAAUUUUUCAUUACCAACAUGCGCAUGUUAGUAGAUUUACCCAAAUGUAUGAGAGAUUUUUUAAACAAAUAUUUCUUCUAAAUUUAAAAACUCAUAGAGUGUUAAUAUAAAGUUAAGUUAGAGGUGUAUAAUAUUAGUAUAAAUAUGCAAUAUUAGUAUAAAUACGCAAUAUGUAAUAUGUACAAUACACUAUAAUUAUGAUUAUUAUAAUCUAUUCAAUAACCUUUUAAAAUUAACAUAAUGUUGCGCAACUAAGGCGUAACUGCGAUUAUGGUAAAAUUUUGACUUUGUCAUGAUUUUAAAAACUUUUUAUCAAAAAAAUCUUAAGCUAUUUGCUAAUCUUUUUUUUAAAAAAGUUACGCUGUUUUUUGUUGUUUUACGAAUCCUUUUCUAUACAAUUUUUCCUAAAUGAGUACGAUCUUUUUAUACAUUAUGAUUUUUUUUUUAUUUUGUAUCAUUUCUACCGCAAAUGACGACUAUAUAAAUAUAUUAUAUAUCAUGUACGAUGCAAAUUGUUAAUAAUAAUAUUUGACUUG